ACUCUUCCUAUAGGUUGAAAGCAUUCCGGUUGUGUCGUGUGUGUCGAUGCAUUAUAUCCGCCCUAUGUCCUGGCAUGGAAUCUCGCGACACGUGGUUCUUCCUGAAGUUUAAGGCUACAAGGACGUGGAGUAAGCGACACGUGCCGAUUCCAAUACUAAAGUUCUUCUUCGGUGAGCCUGGAACAUAUCGUUGCCUCAGGGUUUUCUUCGGGUUCGUCUUCGGUUUGUUCAUGGGAACAUUCUUCUACAAAGAAAUUGUUCGCAAGAUGUUCACCACUGAACUGACGCUUCGAGUCAUGGGUACGACAGUUGUUUUACUGACUGCUGUCGGUUAUGCAUCCUCCGCAAGAGCCCGAGCCAUAUCUUGGCUCAUUGUACCAUUUCUCUGCGGCAGAGCUGGUCGAACCAUGUUGGUCACCAUCAGCGUUUCCCUCGUGCUUACCGGUCCGCUUGAGAGCAUGAUGCUUAACAGCAAGGCUGCGGUAGAUUCUUUCAUGUGCCUGGGAGCCCUCUCGUUCAAUCACACUAAGGAGAGACUACUUCUGAUGUAUAAACCCAUCAAGCGAAUCAUAUGGGAUUUUGAUAAACAAGCCAAAGUAAUCCACAACGCUACGUCACAAAUAGACAAAGAAGUACAACCAAUAGAAAACGAGAUAAGCGCUGGAGAUGAAGUGAAGAAGCUGGAGGCCGACGCGGACUAUGUUGAUAAAGUGUCUGAUUCCGAGUCACGCACUCAGCUAGUGAGAGAUAAGUACACGAACCUGAGCAAAGAACUAGAACUAGGCAAAGAGUACGAGGAAGAUUAUGCAAAGAAACUCGAAUUGCGCUGCGAAGGAAUAUUCUCCCAGGGAGUUAGAGGCUGUCGCCUCGCAUUCAAAAAGGCUGAAGAACGUUGUUUUGAAGCGCUCUGGAUUCUUGGGUACCUUCUGUGUUGGCCUAUGAAACUAACAAUCAUCUGUCACCUUGUGAGCACAUUUUUGGGCAAGCGAACCUGCGACGGCUUGGAACCAAUCAACGCUGGGUUUGGACAGAGCAUUGCAGCGAUGAAAUCGGUGAAACGAGAAUUUGACAAGAAUUUUCGCGUCAACGUCCAGUAUAAGCUGGUCCUUCCUGAGGACGCCAUUAACCUGAUUAGCCCGGAUGAUUUGAAGAAGAGCGUCAACAAGGAGUUCGAGCGCCGCCGGAAACGUGUGGGAAUCGUUGCGACAUUUCUCAGCCGGGUGUUUGCUGUGGUUAUUGCUGGCGUUAUACUCGAUGCCAAGGGAUACGUCGAAAACUAUUGCGAUGACAUCACUUUUGACAACGUUUACGUCACCGAGUAUUUCGCUAAAAUAGACGAUCGCAGGCAAUUACAGGGUCUUCCGACGCUCUUGCCUUUGAAGAGAUACGAAGCGAUAGACGUGUACGACCCCACAACUCUGUCGUUGUCACGCGUUGAGUGGAACAUUGUGAUUAAAGGCUGCGCUUCGGAAGUGGUCCACAUAGUCUUCGGAAGUGUCAUGCUGGGUCUCGACCUGUUGCUUUAUGACGUCUUGGAUAUUAUACGCCGCAAUGCUGAAGUGAAGUUUGUGCAAGAAGGCUACCACCGCAUCGCCCUGCAAGUGUUUGGCACCGGUGCGGUGAGCAACCUUGUGCGGAAGAUCUUCAAAGAGUUUGACGUGGAGGAAAAGCUGGAACGAAUAUCCAGCAACGCACACUGUUUACCCAAGCCUGUCCGAACGUCACGCUGGUUGAUCGCGAAAUUGUACUUCACUUACGCUGCCAUGGUGGCGCUGGUGUUCGCCCAGAUGUACUCGCAACGGCUCAGAAGGGUCGUCUGCUCUUACUUUUACAGGAAAAGGGAGAAGAAGAGAGUACUUUAUCUCUACAACAAGAUACUGAAAAGACGUGUCGGGUACUUGAAAUACACGAGGCAUCGAAUUCGGAAGCUCGUGCGAGAACGAGAUUUCGACCUAAAUGUCGGCUGGUUCGAAUUCCUACGCAAGGUCACCCCGAGGCUGUACAGGGUGCUGCAAUUCUUGGGUAUCACCAAUCAGCGAACUUGUCUGGUAUGCGGUGAUCCCGAAAAUAGUGACUUUUACAUCUGUCCAACAACCGUUUGCCAGUGCAUGUACUGCGGUCAGUGUUGGGAUGAUAUAGGGAGGUGCUAUGCGUGCGAAGAAGAGCAAGAAGGCGAAUCCUCUCUCAGUGACGAACUUUUCCCGUUACAUUAAUCGCAAACGUCAUCAUCCAAGAAGCAGGAGAGGGAACAUCGCUUUUCUAGAUAUCGCCUUUGCGUACGUAAGGGAUGGCGUUGGUGGUUCUGCGCAUGCGCAAUACAUAGACAGAGCUUCGCGCAUUGCGCAGAACCGCUAUACGCUAUCCCUCGUACGCUAAGGCGGUUGCGUAUACGAUGCACUAAAACUCUCUAUUGUUACCCGAAUUUAGCGUUGAGUAGUCUACCAAGGUGUUUUCUGAUAUUACUUCCUCUGUGAGAGAAUACUGUUUCCUUGUAUACUCUCCUUGCAUACAUAUACGUUCUUUUUACCAAAUAUA